AUGCCGCGUCAACACGGACAUUUUAGCUGCCGCAAACUGCACAUUCCGGAAUUUAUACCAAAUGACUUGCAACUUUGGUUUGCCUUAGUGGAGAAGGCAUUCGCGUCUUCCAAUAUCCACGAUGAGAAGGAGAAAUAUGGAUUAUUGGUUACCAGAUUGGAUAUUAGACAUUCAACCGAAGUGCGAGAUUUGAUAGUCAAUGAGCCUCAGGUGAUGACUUAUUCUACAUUAAAGGCUGCGUUAAUUUCAAGAUUAGGCACUUCGGAAAAGUCGAAGUUGCAGUUGUUUAUGACGGAUGUAGACUUGGGUGAUAUGACGCCAUCUCAAUACCUACGUCAUUUGAGGACUUUAGUCGGGACUUCAAUGACCGAUAACGCAGUUAAAGAAUAUGGUUAUCCAGACAUCCAGUGGAAAUUUAACCAUUUUUGGAGGUUGCUUCUGAAACACAAUUCACAAACCUCUGAGAGUGAAACAAAGAAUGCUGAUCUGCGUCAAUUGCGUCAAGAUAUUGAAGCUUUUUUAAAACGUUUGGAUAAGAUUCAAUUGUAUCAGAAGAAGAAAGUAUCGUUUAGAAGACGACAAGAUAACUUAUGUUGGUUUCAUAGACGCUAUGGAAGUCAUGCGAGAAGGUGUAUAUCGCCAUGUAAUUUUAAGUCGGGAAACGAUACGGGCGUUCACUAA